AGGUACCUGACCUACUUCUUGUCCAAAAAUCGCUCACCCUUGAUUACAUAAUCGUCCAGUUGUUGAUGCGCGCAAAUCCGUCCUUACUACUUGCCUCAUUGAAUUAGAGCCAUGCAGCCUGAAGCCCCUCAUACACCACCAUUGCGUAACGUACAAACGCUACCGCCAGAUACUGUUGCAGUCUCUCGUCAUACCUCGGGAGCAAAUUAUCGCACGGGGGAUCUGAAACUAGGCCGCGCCGCUGUUCUCGCAGAUUUACAAAGGUAUCUGCAGGUUCCAUUCGAUUGCCUCUUGAAACGCGUUGGUGCCUUGCCUCCCUUGCAGGAUCUGCAGCGCAUACGCAACAACUUGACGAAGAGCAAGAUUCUCACUGACGACGAAAGUGGCUUGCGAUGGACGGACUUUACGCCACCUACCGCAUCGAAAGGGUCUGAAGAGAACGUGUUUGAGCCCCUCGGUCGCAUCAUUGAUCGAAUUUUGGCUGAAACCCCGAAUCGCAGAGCGUCCUUUGCAGCGAACCCAAACGUAACACCACUCUCGGAGCGCAACAAUACUUCCAGGCCUGAUGGAUACCUUGUACUUAGCAAGGAAAAAAACAAGCGCAAGAUACAUUGGUUCGAUAUUGCUGUGCCAUUCGAGGCACAGGAUAGAGAGUCUCUUCGAGAUGACGAAGAGAAGAUAAUCUGGAGCCUUCACAGUAUCAUGCGCGAGGAUAUUUGUCGUCGUUUUGCGUUCGGUAUCACAAUCGAGGGCACGCAGUUGAGACUGUGGCUCACCAAUCGUGCAUUCCUUGCGGUUACUCAACCUAUCAACUUCUUCCAGAACGUGGAUAGUGUUAUUUCGCUCUUUUACGCUCUUGGAUCUGCGUCUGCAUCUUCUUCUAUGAAAGAGCUCGGAUGGGACCCCACCGUUAAGCGGAUCCACGAUGGGGAGAAAUUCCGAUACAAGUUCACUAUCAGGGAUGAAGUGUUCACCACGACACGUGAACUUGCAACCUACGGCGCAGACUCUAUGGUUGGGCGUGGAACUCGCGUGUACGAAGCCACAGACGCCGAGGGAAAUAAAGUUGCCGUCAAAGACUCAUGGAGAGAUUUUGGACGUCUAUCGGAGGGCAAGAUACUAGAGAACAUCUUGGCUUCAUGCGCAGAGAGGCUGUCGCCGGAGGAGUUGGUGGAUGCCAAGAAUCACUUCGUUCAAGUCCGGCUUUGGGAGGAUGUCACGAUCGAUGAUGCCCCAGACGAGACGCUGAACCUGACAGUUGCAGAAGAGCAUAGCCAUACAAGGGUGUGGGUGUCCAUUGAUGCCAAUCCCAUCCUUUCCGCAACACCACAUUUACCUAGCACAGGCGACAUACCCGACUCAGGUCGGCCGUUUGACUUGCUUUGCCCGCACUUUGACAACCCUCGGGACAAGGACACUAGCAUCCCACGCAGAGUCCAUACUCGCACUGUCUUCCAUGACGUCGGAGUUGCUCUCAAGGAUGUCACCUCUUUGGUCGACAUUCUGAGUUGCUUGUCCGACGCGCUGAAGGCCUUGUAUUAUCUGCACAAAUCAGGUUUUGUUCAUCGUGAUUUCAGUGUUGGGAACGUAAUUCGGGUCGGGGGUGUGGGGAAGUUGGGUGACUUCGAGUACGCGAAAAGGAUAGAUUCAGAUAUUUCUCAUGAUGUCCGAACAGGAACAAGGCAUUUUAUGGCGGUGGAAGUAGAAAGUCAGAAAUACCUUUUCUUCCCGCGCCUCCCAUUAUCCCAAAGCGGUACAACGGACGCACCUCCAUUUCGCAUGAAUUUCCUGCACGACAUCGAAUCUGUAUGGUGGGUUUUCACCUGGGUCUUCUUCUAUCACACGGACAUGGGAACGGCAAACAGCCACGAUUCUAAUGUCUUCGAUGCACAAACUCAGUGGAACCAGUACCACGUCGCCUUCCCUGAUACGAUCGGCCAUACGAAGCGCCGAGACUUCUUCAUCGACUAUGUAGAACUCCAGAAGACGUGCCAGAAGUGCAUUUCAGAAACGUGCCAGAAAGUUUGCAGUGAUAUUGCUUUUUUCGCAUGCGAUAUCCAGGGAAACUAUGUGACAGCGGAGAAGGAAUAUCCCUUGCUAACGCUUAGCGACAUUCUUCUGGAGGAUAUGCAUUCAAAAGCUGCCAAAUAUCUCCGAAAAGCGCAAUGUUGUGCUCAGAAAUUAGGUAUAGAACUUUGUCCGCUCCCCGACCUCCUGAAGCACAAGAGGUCCAGACCGCAAAAUGAAACAUCGCUUGCGCCAAUAAAUCAAGGGAAGAAGGCUCGAAUGACUUGAUUUUGACUAUGUGUACAAAAAGGAACUGGGAGAUGGUAGCCUGGCGUCUCUACAUGUUAUGAAUUUUUGUAGUACUCAAUUAUAUUUAGAGCUUCUGUCUGGACUUGAAGUCGCAUUUGUGAAUUAUCGCUCUUUCCUCUCCUACGGUACUAAUCCCUGAUGCAUUUCUAGGUUCAUGCAUCCCUCCUGCCUGAUGCAUCGCGUUUCCUGCCCUUUGAUGCAUCUUCUUACCUUACGGUACUAAUACCUGAUGCAUUUCUAGGUUUAUGCAUCCCUCCUGCCUGAUGCAUCGCGUUUCCCGCCCUUUGAUGCAUC